AUGAUAAUCAAAAGACUUUUUUCCAUAGAGAAGUGAAAAGCCUUUACGGUCAAUCAGCUGAGAAUGGAAUUAAAGUCAAGAAAUCUUCCAGUCUAUGGCUUAAAAGAUCAGUUAAUCGAAAGAAUGAUGAAAUAUGAAAAUAAUCUUAAUGAAAGUAGCAAGUCAGAAAGCACCAUGGAAAAUCAAUCUUCUCAGCAAGAACCAUCUAAAAGCAUUACCAGAAAAAGAAAAAUACCUAGCCAAUCUCUUAUUGACGAUGCAUUAAAUUAUAAUACCCAAUCUUUCUCAAUUGAUCUAAAUAAGCCAAAACACUUAAAUGGCCAUCCAGAUCCUUAUUCUCAAAAAGUUUUAAACAUACAAAAAUUGAAUGAGGAAAUUGAUUUUAAAGAUAUCAUUACAUACCUUGAAAUGACUGAAGAAAAUAAAAUAUAUGACGACAAAUUGUGAAAAUUAAUAGAUGGAUUAUCAGAUAUUCUCCAGGUAUCUUUAUACAAUCUUGGAAUCUUGCAAUCCAUAGAUCGCAACAAAUUUAAGGAGUUUUUACAAAAAAUACCAAUUUCAUCUUUAGAUGCCAGAAGAACGAUUAAAAUUGUAAGAGCAAUCUUAACAAUUAACGAAGUUAGCUAUAGCUUAAAUGAAGUUGAAGCAACUUCUAGGAGUUGAACUCAUGCUAUAGUUCGGCAUUUAAUAAAUUCAAUCAAUGACUUAGACAUGAUGGAUUUAGCUUUUAUGAGAUAUUUAGGCAGAGAUAACUUCGAUUAUCCUCAAGUUGUUUAUGAUCAAAUUAGUAAUGCUUUUGUUGAAAAAUUAAUAAAUACUUCAGAUUUCAGUCAUUAUACUGACUCCCCCUCUCAACCAUGAGCAAGAAAAAUCAAUGGAAAAAAUCUUUUUUUUUGGGAAAAAGCCACAUUCUGAGAAUAAAAAUAAUUUAAAACAAAUUUUAAUAUAUAAGUGUUAUAACCCAGGAGCGAUUUUUGAUCGCCCUGGGCUAUAAGUAAUAUAAUGAAAUCUAGUUAUUUUUGCUCUCAUUUUUAAUUAACUUGCAUUAUAAAGCAUAAAUAUUAUAAUUAAAUUAGAUUUGAUUAGAUUAAUGAUGAGUAUUUAUAGUCCCCACUUCCUAAGCACCGUGCAUUCCGCAGCGACUUAAGUCGCUUCGGGGUGGGCUCCCUCAAGGCAACUUGAGCCCGGGUUGAAACCCCCGGUUUCUCGGUAUUGAUAUUUCUCUCCUGAUCCGGAUGACCUGGAUUUUGACGGGAACCACCGUUUCCAACUCAAGCGCCAGCAUUACCAAACCCUGCGUAGCUCGGCUAGAUCACCCCUUUGAGGGAUCCUUUUAACUGGAGAGACUUACGCCUCUGAGAUCUCUGUCGAGCCUGGCCUUCCCCUCUUUUCCGAUUAUCUCCGAGAAAGAACUCAACCCUUACGGGAUUCGGGACGAAGCCACCAAGUAGCCUAAGCAGGUAACUACCUUGCAUCUGCCUGUGCCUCGGUGCUACUGGCACAAAGAAUGUGAAAAACUGCUGCCCGGGCCAAGCCACAAAAUCAGCGGAAAUUGUGCUGAGCUCUCGCCUCAAGGCUAGCCCUUCUCUUGAAUAGCUCUCCUUAUCCAAAAAUCACGUCCGGUAUGCAUAAGGACGCUUGCCACGGAGGGUCGGGGCGCUCGUCUCCGGCCAUUUUAUGUAUAUUAUAAUUAAAAUUAAUUUUUUGUUUCCUUGGGCGUUUUAAAAAAAUUUAACAAUGGUGUUAAUUACAAAGGGGAGAGUGAGCAGGAAUUAUUAUUGCUUCUCAAAAAUCUACCACCUUUUGAAAAGUCAAAUCGUAAUCUUAAUUCAAGUAUAAGUAAGAUAUUACCACUUAUACAUGAUAAAUUCAAAAAUGGCAGAUUCUAUGAUAUAUGCAUUGCAGUGUCGAACAUAAACAAUUAUCGUGUGCCGGUGCCUACUCAAUUAAUGAUUGAAAUAAAUAGAAGACAGCUAGAUAAUUGAAUAUCAAAAAAGGCUACCCAUUUUAGCUUAAUGAUGGAAGUAUGCUUUAUUUUACACAAAAAUGAUUUUUUAUCUUUAAGCGUCUUAAAUGAAGUAAUUAAGGCUGCAGAAAAUUUUAUUCAAAACGAAGGACUUUUGCAGAAAACUGUUGAAUUUUUUUACAAUUUGUCGCAAGCCAAGCCAUAUCCUCCAAAAUUAGAGUUAGAAAAAUUUAUUGCUAAAUUUUUAGAACUUCCACAUGAGCAAAUUACAGUUAAUUGUCUCAUGGCUCUCGCAAUAAGUUCACUCCAAGUUGAUGCAGGAAUUAACGAUCUUUCAUUGAAUCUAAUCAAUACAUUAAUAAAAAAGCUUCAAGAAUCUCCAAUAAGUAUCGAUCAAAGAAUUGGAGAGCAAUUACUAUGGAAAAUUCUUGAAUUAGUAAAGGAGAGGCCAAUUUUUAAUUAUCAAGUUGACUCCUCAUUACCACCUAUUAAAGAAGAGAUCAAAACUGUAGCCCUUGAGCUUCUAAAGCAUUUGAAAGAUAACCCAGAAUGCAAAAAAUUGGUUUAUGAAUAUUAUUUGAGCAUGCUUACAAACACAAUCCCAGCUUUGGAUAUCCUCACAAGUAGUCCUACAACUUUUACUGUAGACAUUUAUGCAAAGCUUAUAUGGGUAUACCAAGCGCAUUUAUCACCAAGCAUGAUUUCAAAGUCAAUCUGGAUGUCACUAGAAUUACUAGAUAAAAGCUCUGCGAACCCAGAAACCAUUUUUUAUUUAUCUUCUGUACACAGUCAGCUCGCUCGCUCCAAAAAAAUUGACAAAACUGAGCUCAGGAGUUUAAGGAAUGAAAUUUUGAGCCUCGCUUCUAGCUUUAAAGAGUACUCGUUCGCAAUUCAAUAUAAUUUAUUUGAGGUCCCUCCACAAAAUAUGCAUAAAUUUAUUACAAAAACAAGGUACCAGAACUUAUAUGGGGAGCCUUUGAUCAAUACUAUUAUUAUGCUAGGAAAGAUAGGAGAAUAUCAAACAGCAGCUCGUCUCACUGAAAAUUUAAGCUAUAUUCAAAACAAACAUCCUCCUAUUGCAAAACCUGUAAUAAAGGAAUUUGUGAAUUGGCUCAAUAAGCUAGUAAGUCACGAUUUGCAAUAUGAGCCUCUUUCAAUAUUUUUAGCAAAUUGCCUUGAUGACGAAAAUCCUGCUCUUGUCAAAAUAAUAUGUCAAUUUAUCGAUAAACAUGCAGAGGAAGACGAUAUCAGCGAAGAGUUCAAAGAAAAGCUUGAAAAAAUCAAUGCAAAUUUAUCUGGUGAAAGCAGAGGUAUAGAAUCAGAAGAAGAGAUCAAAGAACAUAUGAAUUUAUCGGCAAUUGAUAUUAAUUAUGAUACCCUAACUAUAUUGGAAACUUUGAUAAGCAAAAGGAUUUUUAUCAAAGAUUUGCCUCAAAAAUUUGAUAAAUUACUUUCAGAUACCACAGAGAAAGAAGAAUUAUUUGAAGUGAUUAAAAAAAUUCUGGAUUAUUUAUCUGUUGUUGGAGAUAAUGACAGGUUUGUUGAUAAAGUUUAUAAUAAAAUUGAUGGUCUCAAGUUAUGGUCAGAAGCUCCUCAAGAAGUAAUUGCCAGCCUUCUAUUUUUGAAUCUUGAUAAACUAGAUACGCUCUCUCAUUUGAUUCAAAAAUUCCUCCAUGCAAUUUAUGCGGGAGAGCCAGUAGAGUCUCCAGUGCUAAACCCUAAAUCAAAUAUGUUUUGCUUCCAGCCAUUCUUGCUAAAAUCAGUGUUGGAGCCAAGAUAUGUCCAAUCUAAUUUCAAGCCAAGAUUUCAAACUGAAGGCUUUGAAGUUUUAAAGGUUUCUAAGAUGACAGAGUCUCACAUUGCAUAUAAUUGGAAGGUCCAUGCUAUUUUAAAUGCCCUCAAUGAAAGUCCAACUGAAGAAAGCUUGCAAGCUGUUGCGUAUCAAUAUGAAAAGUGGGAUAAAAGAAGUUCAAGGAAAGAUUUUAAAUAUGAUUUCUUUAGAUGCUUAUUUCCCCAUCCGUGAGCGAACAAAAAAAUCUUGUUCGCUCACGGAGGGGGCUAUAGGCAUUUCACCUAUAUUGCCCGAUAUGGGCUUAAAUUUGAGAGCACUUCCUCUCAAGUUGGUUUGACCAACUUCGGUUGGCCAAGCCAGCCAGAGAGUUUAGGGAGUUUACCUCUCCUGUUGGUUUGGCUAACGUAAGUUGGCCAAACCAACUUGAGAAGAAGUGCUCUCAAAUUUCAGCCCAAAUCGGGCAAUAUAGGCGAAAUGCCUAUAAUUUUUUUUUAAAAAAAAUUAUAGAUAAAAAAUUUUUAUUCGAAAUUUAAAAAAAUCCCAUUUCGUAAAAAUUAGAAAGCAAAUAUUAAUUUAAUUUGCAAAAUGUAUGUUUUAAAACGCAAUAUGUUUAAAAAGCUAAUUAUCACUUAUAUAUCAAAAUUUUUUUUCCACAAAAACUUUUUCUAUUAAAAAAAUUUUGUUCGCUAACGGAGGGUGGAUUUUUCUAAUGGGUUUGUUAGCUCACGGAGGAGACAGGGAGUUAGGAGAAUCUCAGAAAGCUAAAAAAGAGCUCGAAGGUGAUAAAGAAGAUCCGAUAACAAAAUGGCGAGCAGAUGUGAUUUUGAUGAAAUAUAAAACUGUUGUCUUAUAUGCGCCUGAUGAAAAUAUGAUUUAUGAUGAAAAUGGCCAAGAAGUAGGGACAACAUACCUUAUUAAAGUCAUCCAAGAUCAGCUUGAAAAAAUAGGCGGUUUAAGGUGCAUUACUGUUAAAGCCAAAGAAUGGAAAGAAAUGGAUCAAUUUGCUCGAAAAGAAUAUGUUAAAAGCUUAGGCAUAGGUACAGAAACUAAAUAA